CCAUUUCCGCGACAGUGAUUAUCAUCGGAGCUUGACAACGAUGCGGGCAAUCGGUUUUCCAGUUAAAUCGACGCGACUGAAGCCCGGCGUUGUUCCGUCUAUAUUCUCCCACAAGAGAAACACCUCGCCACCUCCAAGAGCGGCGUUCGCCAAGAGGAGAAAGCGUGAGGUACUAGCAGAGCUCCUUGAGAACCAAGCCCCUGAUGAACCUGUUCCACUACCAUCACCAAUCGAAGAUUUUGAAGCAGCCAGUGUGACACAGGCAGAUAAUGUUGAAGAGUUUGAAGCAGCCAUUGUGGCACAGGCAGCUGUUGUUGAACAGAAUUGCCCCGAAUCUGCAGACAAGAGCCUUCACGUUCUGAUACAACCACUUGUGUUCUUGACAAGGGUGUGGAAACAGCCAGGGUUUCUUCAUGGGCCGACGGGCAGCAUCAUCAGCAAGGUCAUUACCGACGAUGCCACAGUGCGCCGGAAUCCACUGGAAGAUGAUGUCAUGUGCGUUGAUGAAGACUUGAUGGAAAACUUGUCUAGUCUCAAACACCAGUUGUUCAUUGGACUUGUGUCGUAA